CGCUGCACCGACACGCAGCGCACCGGUUGGAGGGUCGUUCCCCCUCGGACGGCACGGACCGUGCUUUCAUCCCGACGCACCGGAACCACCGACCGUCAUGGCGGACUUUGAGGAAUUCGAGAAGCAGCUGAGCGAGAACCGGCAGGAGAGAGAGAGAGAAAGCGACAAGCACCGCAGCCGGAGCAAAGGCUGGGGGAGCCGCAGCCGAGAGAAGAGCAGCCGCAGCCGAGAGAAGAGCAGCCGCAGCCAAGAGAAGAGGAGCCGCAGCCGAGAUCGGAAGAGCCGCGACCGCCGGAGCUCCUCCCGGGACCACCAGAAGCACAGGAAGAAGAGGACCUGCAAGUAUUGGGACGUGGCCCCUCCUGGCUUUGAACACAUCACUCCAAUGCAAUAUAAAGCUCUGCAAGCGGCCGGGCAGAUACCGCCGAUAGCUCUGCUGGCGACGCCCACCACCACCACCACCACCACCACCGCCGGCGUGGCCGCGGCGCCGCCGACACAAGCGCCGAUCGUCGGCAGCCAGAUGACGAGACAAGCCAGACGCCUCUACGUGGGAAACAUCCCCUUUGGGGUCACUGAGGAGUCCAUGGCGGAGUUCUUCAACGCUCAGAUGAGGCUCGCGGGCCUUUCGCAAGCCCCGAGCAGCCCCGUGCUCGCCGUGCAGAUCAAUCAGGAUAAGAACUUCGCUUUCUUAGAGUUUCGGUCCGUAGACGAGACGACGCAGGCGAUGGCGUUCGAUGGAAUCGUCUUCCAGGGCCAAUCGCUGAAGAUCAGACGACCGCACGACUACCGGCCUUUACCCGGCAUCUCAGAGCAGCCCGCUUUCCACGUCCCAGGCGUCGUCUCCACAGUCGUCCCCGACUCCCCCCACAAACUGUUCAUCGGAGGCCUCCCCAACUACCUGAACGACGACCAGGUGAAGGAGCUCUUGACGUCGUUCGGGCCGCUCAAAGCGUUCAAUCUGGUGAAGGACAGCGCCACGUCGCUGUCCAAAGGUUACGCCUUUUGCGAAUACGUGGACGUCGGCGCCACCGAUCAGGCGGUCGCCGGGCUCAACGGGAUGCAGCUAGGCGACAAAAAGCUGAUCGUCCAGAGGGCGAGUGUGGGAGCCAAGAACGCCAACCCGACCUCCAUCAUAGAGACCCCGGUGACGCUGCAGGUCCCCGGGCUCCAGCGGCUGCUGAACUCCUGCGUGGCCACGGAGGUGCUGUGCCUUCUCAACAUGGUGAUGCCCGAGGAGCUGGUGGACGACGAGGACUACGAGGAGAUCCUGGAGGACGUCCGCGAGGAGUGCUGCAAGUACGGCGGCGUGCGCUCCAUCGAGAUCCCCCGACCCGUCGACGGAGUGGAAGUCCCCGGCUGCGGAAAGAUCUUCGUGGAGUACGUUUCUCCUGCCGACUGUCAGAAAGCCAUGCAAGCUCUCACUGGCCGCAAGUUCGCCAACAGAGUGGUGGUCACCAAAUACUACGAUCCGGACAAGUAUCACAGACACGAGUUUUGAAAGCACAGACGAGUCCUCGCUUUCUUUUUCGUGAGCUCGGGGUAAAGUCGAGGGAAAGUCUUCCACUUAACAAACUGUACUGCAGUGUGUGUUUCUUCACUGAAUAAUUAACUCCCAGCUUCAGCUUCAACACCCACACAGUGAACAUUCUGACUUUAAAAAGUACUGUAGUAUCCAUUAGAUCCGUAGUAGACUGGAUGUGACAUGUAUCUUAUCCAAACUAAUACUGCUUGACGACUCCAGAGUAGCUGUUAUAUCGUUUAAAGGAGGAAAAAAACUGUCAAAUGUUUAGAUUUAAAUCCUGAGCACAAACAUUAAUUUCUGUUUUAGAUUUGAGACGCCAUCAUAAAUGUUCAUUGUGGGGCUACGAGUGAAAAAGUUAUAUUUAUUUAUUUAUUU